AUGGCCGAGGGCAGUUUCAAUAAAGCAUUUCUGCUCACUAUGGACGACGGCAAAGAGCUAAUCGCCAAGCUACCCAACCCCAAUGCAGGUUACGGGCAUUUCACCACCGCGAGCGAAGUGGCUACGAUGGAUCAUGCACGGAACGUUAUUGGUGUCCCUGUACCCCGAGUCUACGCUUGGAGUUCGUCUGUGGAUAAUCCUGUUGGCGCAGAAAGUGUUCUGGAGUUGAACUGCAUAGGCUUUGGGACUCGAUUACCGAUCGUCCAGAAAGCUGCCAUCAUUCACAAACUUGUGAGCUACGAAGCUCUUUUCGCGUCAUCAGAUUUCCCCAAAUACGGGAGCCUCUACUACGCCAAAGACCUGAGACCUACCGAUAACCCCGAAGCCUUCAAUGUGUCUCUCGGUCAAGACACUAAACUUCCAGAAUUUGCCAUCGGCCCAACUACAGACAGGAAUUUCUUCGAGAAUGGCAGGGCUGGUGCAACGGCCAAUCAAGGCCCUUGGUCGACGGUCGAAGCAUACAAUCUCGCGAUUGCAGCGCGCGAACUAGCAUGUUUACGAAAGUCUUCAGAGUUCCCGGACCCGCAGGGAUUCUACAAUGGCCCAAGACAAUACCAGCAGAGCCUUGAAACGAAGAUGCGGACCUUGCGGAAUUACGAGAAGGUUGCCGGAUAUCUGAAGCCGGCAGAUCCAAUACUCUCCAAGCCAGUUCUAUGGCACACAGAUUUACAUUGGGAUAUCAUCUUCGUCGAUGAGAAUGAUCCGAAAAUAAUCACAGCUAUCAUCGACUGGCAGGCAGUUCAUGUCGCUCCACUCUUCGCACAAGCCCGGCAUCCCACUUUUCUUGAAUUCGAUGGCGAGAUUCCAGAUACUUUCGAUGCGGAAGCUAUUACGCUCCCCGACAACUUCGAACGUCUCAGUGAGACAGAACAGCAGACUGCGAAGAAGCUACGCAAUGCGCAAAUCCUGUGGAAGCUGUACGAAGUCGAACUCGUGCGUCAAUGCGAAGAUGUGGAAAGGGCUAUUCGCUUUGGCCGAGGCCUGCUCGGUCGGAUACCUAGUCUUGCGGGAAACAUUUUCAGUGAUGGCGAGCUACUCGUCGAGGAUCUCUUGAUGAGUCUACAACAGGAGUGGAAUCAAGUUGUGGACGACCCUGUUGCGAACCCUUGCCCGCUGUCCUUGCCCGCUGUCAUUUACUGA